AUGGGAUUUGUCAUUGCUAAGAGUGACAAUUCUUUAUUCAUUUUCCGUCAUUGGAAUGAUAUGGCAUAUUUGCUACUAUAUGUUGACGAUAUUGUAUUGGUUACAUCUUCUGAUCAGCUUCAUGAGAGUAUUAUUUCUCACUUAAGGAAAGGGUUUCCGAUGACUGACUUGGGUCCUUUGAAUUUUUUUCUGGGAAUUGUUGUUACUCGUACUCCUUCAUACUUGUUUCUAUCUCAGCAAAAAUAUGCACAGGAUAUUAUAGAGCAUGCAGGUAUAGGCAGUUGUAAAUCUGCGGUAACUCCAGUGGAUACUCAAUCCAAAAUUAAUGCAGAUUCUGGAUCGCAAUUUCAUGACCCAACACUCUAUCGCAGUCUUGCAAGUGCUUUACAGUACCUCACCUUUACUCGCCCUGACAUAACCUAUGCAGUUCAGCAGGUUUGUCUAUUCAUGCAUGAUCCUAGGCAGGCUCAUUAUGAUGCAUUGAAAUGCAUCCUGCGAUACAUUCAGGGUACCAUUGAUCACGGGUUACACUUAUAUCCUUUAUCUCCUACUAACUUAAUUACUUAUACUGAUGCUAAUUUGGGCGGGUGCCCAGACACUCGUCGUUUGACCUCUGGUUAUUGUUGUUUUCUAGGGGACAAUCUUAUUUCCUGGUCUUCGAAGCGUCAACCUACUCUUUCUAAAUCAAGUGCAGAGGCAGAAUAUAGGGGAGUCGCAAAUGUUGUUGCCGAGGCUUGUUGGCUUCGUAAUCUUAUUUUGGAGUUACACUGUCCUCUCUGA